GCGCGAUUUGCUUCGAGCCAUUUAGCAUAAUGAAUUAAUGUUAUAGGUAAACGAAUCGUUUCGCUUGAGUUUUCAGUACCAUUGUAACAUUAAAAUAAACUUUUACAUUAAGUGAUCUAUGUUAUAGAUCAGGUAAAUAAAGAGAUACAUAGAGGAUCCAUAUACCCAUCAAACUGUGCCAUUAUGCCUUAUAACAUGAAAGACGAGGAAGAGGUGAAGCAGUUCUUGGAGAACCUUGGUAUCGAGUACCGGUUUGCGUGUUUAAAAGAGAAAAAACCUGAUGGCUGCCAUUUGCUAGGCGACUACCUGGAGGCGAUUAGAAAGGAUUUCCGAAGGGCCGCCCAAGUGUAUCAGGAUAAUUGUAAUGAGCGGGGUCACGGGCACAGUUGCCAUAAAUUCGGUAACUAUGCGUACUUCGGUAAGGGAACACCUGAAGAUAGGGCGAAAAGUUUCGAAUAUCAGAUAAAAUCAUGCAAUGCGGGCUACCCGAAGGGCUGUGUCAUGGCAGGCCUUCACUUGACAGCAGAAAAAGGAUCCGGGGUUCCGCAAGACAUUGAGAAAGGUAUUUCGCUUUUAAAACGAGCGUGUGACAUGGGCAGUCAUGACGGUUGCCACCAAGCCUCUGGAAUUUGCCUGACAGGAAGAGGAGUGGUAGCACAAAAUAUGAAGGAGGCCUUCGAACUUGCAGUCAAAGGUUGUGACCUCGGUAAUAUUUAUAGCUGUCACAAUGUGGCACUUAUGUAUGAAAGAGGAACAGGAGUCGAAAAAGACAAAGUAAAGGCUGAACAAUAUAGGAGCAAGGUUGUUGAUUACAAGGAACAGUGUAAAUCAAACUAUACCCUAAAAAUGGAAGAAGGCAUCGAUUAAACGUGAGCAUCAAAGGAAAUGAUGUGAGAAUAAUGUAAUGUUAUACAUGUAUAACUGUAGUCAACAGAUUGAUUAAAUAAAUAAAAAUCCAAGUGUAGUUAUAUUAUUUUA